AACCCAUAAAAAAAUUCUGCCUGCCCCAAACUCGGGCAAAGCGAGUCCAAGGACAGAGUCCAGCCCGGAGCGAGCUGGGAUCCUCACCAAAUCUCGGGGUGGAGGGAUCCCCUCAGACAGGGAGGGACUCCAUCCUUCGGCUCACACCGCAGGGGCCCCCCAGGGUCACCCCCCCGACCCCCGACUUCGGUCCGGCUCUGGUCUUCUGCCACCGCUGAGCUCCCUCCCUCCGCUCUGAGGGGACUUGGAUUUCAGGCCAUCACUCUCCUCGCACUGGGCUCGCCCCUCCAUCCUCCCAUGGAAGUGGAUCGCCUGUGAGUCCUUCCCCGGCCGACAGUUCCCCUCCAACCCCCUCGGCCAACUGGGUGCCUGGGAGACGGGCCACUGGUAUCCAUUGGCUCUUGCUAUUCCCACCCUCGCAGUAGUAGUCGUGGUGCAGAUAGGAGGACUAGUAGCGAUGAUCACUCUUCCUGCGUCUGGUAGGGGCCCCUUUCUCUGAAGAGCUCCUCACCAAGCCGAUCGCCUUCCAGACUCUGCACUCGCAUGAUUCCCACAUCACAGGCCUCCUAACCUCAAAGGUCUUCAUCCGGCUCAACUGCUACGUCCUUGCCAUCGCCCGCUGCAGACCCCACAGGCUCCGCCGCCGCACUUGUGAGCCCCGCUUCCCUCAUGCAGCUCUCCCUUCUGCAUCAACCUCCCUCCACCCCCGACCAUCCCCCAGGCCCCUCAGACCUUCCCACAGUCGCUGGACCAAUUCCGCGGGUCCCGCCCAACACCAUGACCUUUGCAGAGAUCCUAGAGCAGGUGGGCAGCCUGGGCUUCUUCCAGAUCCGCCACCUGGUCCUGUUGUCCAUUCCGGUGCUCAUGAUGGCCAGCCACAACCUCCUGCAGAUCUUCAGCGCGGCCACGCCGGCCCACCACUGCCGCCCGCCUCCCAACAGCUCUGGGGAUGGCACCCAUGCCCCCCACGGGCUGGACCCCCAGACCCUCCUGCGGGUGUGGGUGCCCCUGGGGCCCGACGGAGAGCCCGAGAGGUGCCGCCGUUACACGCAGCCUCAGUGGCAUCUGGCUCAGCCCAACGCAAGCCUCCCCAAUGGGACCCAGGUGGACACGGAACCCUGCCAAGACGGUUGGUCCUAUGAUCACUCCAUGUUUACCUCCACCAUUGUGACUGAGUGGGACCUGGUGUGUGAAUCCCGGAAGCUGAAGGAAAUGGCUCAGUCCGUGUACAUGGCAGGCGUGCUGAUCGGAGGGAUCGUGUUCGGACCCUUGUCCGACAGGGGUCUUUUCGCUGGCCCCACGAACUUGUUUUCCGGUGGCAGGUUUGGGAGGAAGCUGAUCCUGGCCGUGGGCUACCUGCUGUUGGCGGUGACCAGCACUUGCACCGCCUUCUCCCCCAACCUCACGGCCUACGUGGUGUUCCGCUUCCUCAAUGGCUUCAGCUUUUCCGGGAUCAGCCUGAGCACGACGAUCCUAUGUAUAGAGUGGGUGCCCAUGUCGGUGCGUGCCAUCCAGUCGACGCUGACUGGGUACUGUUACACCCUUGGGCAGUUCAUCCUGCCCGGCCUGGCCUACGCCAUCCCAGAGUGGCGUUGGCUGCAGUUGGCGGUGUCGGUCCCAUUCUUCAUCUUCUUCCUGUGCAUCUGGUGGAUAGCGGAGUCCGUGCGCUGGCUGGUUUUGACGGGCAAACCGGAGAAGGCCCUGAGGGAACUCCAGAGAGUGGCGACCUGCAACGGGAAGAAGGAGGAGGGAAAAAAACUCAGUGUGGAGGAACUCAUCUUCAACCUCCAGAAGGAAAUAUCCUCCGCCAAGGUCUCCCACAGCGCGGUCGACCUCUUAAGGACGCCUACUCUGCGUCUCAUCACCUGCUGCAUCUCCCUGGUGUGGUUCGCCACCGGCUUUGCUUACUACAGUCUGGCCAUGGACCUGGAGGGCUUUGGAGUCAACGUGUACCUGCUCCAGGUGAUUUUCGGCGGGGUCGAUAUCCCAGCCAAAUUCAUCGCCAUCCUGACCAUCAGUUACCUCGGACGCCGGACCACCCAAGCCAUGUCCCUGAUUCUGGCCGGCGGGGUCAUCCUGUCCACCAUCUUUGUACCCCACGAGCUGCAGACCUUGAGGACUGGGUUGGCAGUGUUUGGAAAGGGGUGUCUCUCGGCUUCCUUUAGCUGCGUCUUCCUCUACACCGGGGAGCUCUACCCGACAGUGAUCCGGCAGACUGCUAUGGGGAUCUGCAACACCUGGACGCGGGUGGGGAGCAUGCUGGCCCCCUUGGUCAAGAUCAUAGGGGAGGUGUCCCCGUUCAUCCCCUUCAUCAUCUACGGAACAGUGCCCAUUGUGGCGGGCAGCGCCUCCCUCUUACUGCCAGAGACCCUCAACGUGCCGUUGCCAGAGACCAUCGAAGAUGUGGAGAACAGGAAAAGAGGGAGAAAGAAAGACAAAGAAGACUACAAAAUGAAGAUUUCCCUUCAUUACCAUGACUUGGCCAAGGACACCAGUUAAGCCCUGCAUUGCUGGCUCUCUCCGGCUGCUGAUGAAAUCAUCCCAGAAAUCAUCCCAUUCCGUCUCCCCCUUUUAGACUGUGAGCCCACUGUUGGGUAGGGACUGUCUCUAUGUGUUGCCAAUUUGUACUUCCCA